AUGACCAUAGAUUCGACUUGGUCCCAACUCGUUGAUAUGUUGAUCAAGGAUUAUUAUUCAACAUCAUCAUACGGAACAUUUUCAUCUAUACUACACAACAGUGUUGGUGGUCAGAAUCAUCAUACGGAUCAAAAUAUAGAAGAAUAUGCAUCGACAAGAACUUCAUGGUUAUUAUCAUCACUAUUUGGAAGUUUGUCUUUUGAUACCAAUAAUAAUAAUUAUGUAAAUUAUAAUAAUGAUGGAGAAAUGUAUAAUAAUAAUGGUGGAUAUUCUAUUUUACAAUCAGUGUCGAAUACUACAGCUACACAGACAGUCUCAGCUAUUUUGGAUCAUUUUCCUCCGUGGAUGUGUCUUGUUACCUUUACUUUGAUUGUUGUCUUUUUCAUUAUUUGUUGCAUACAAACCUAUAGGAUGAGUAGAAGGAAGGGAGGAUCAUUCGUAUUGGGUAGAAUUUCACUCAAGAAUAUUAAGAGAAUUCUCUUUUGUUGUUGUUACGAUUCACAAUCACAAGUUUUAUCGUGGAAUAUUCCUCUUCAAUUUUCCUUUCAAUUUCUCAUUACUUUUGGGAUUAGGACAUUACAUGCCUUCUUUUUGCAAUACUUUUUCGAGAGUACUUAUGAACAUACUUGUUUCCAAUAUCUUGACAGUACUACUGGAAGAUUGAGAAGAACUUGUCCAUUGAUUAAUGUUGUGGACUCGGCAACUUCUAUCAUGAUUAAAUCAACUUACAUUUUGUUGGCAUUGUUUUGGGCAGAGUUGGCCUAUAAUGCCUCCUUCUAUUACAAACCAACAAAUUGUAAGAGAAUGGAAAGAAUUACUAGAAGACUAUAUUGGGCAUUCAUUGGAUUGUACUAUUUCUGUGUGAGUUGUGGAUUUAUUGGAUUGACAUUGACUAGAACUAAUCCUUCCUAUUUCCUUGUAGCUAUUAUUCUUGUAUUUGAUAUUAGUAUUCCAAUAUUAUUUAUUGCAUUCACAUUUAUAUUGAGAGGACUUACACACAAAGUUUCUCUUCCUGUAAUUAUAUCAAGACACUUGAAGAGAGUGUCAAUUAUCAGUUUAAUAUUGGGAUUGUAUCUUGGAAUAUUGCCAAUUGUGAGAAUUAUUAACAUGGUAUUGAAGAAUUUUGUUUAUGCUUCAAGUGGAUACAAUGCUACAUCCUCCAUUUUGGAAGUUAUCAUACAGGCACUCUUCCUCUACUUGCCAUCUAUUGUAAUUUUUGGAAUUGUUGUCGCUCCAACAAGUAUCAGUUUCCUUCAUGCAAAUGUUGUUGAUAGAAAUAUUAAGGCCAAUAAUUGGAAAUCCAAAUGGAAAGCCAAACAAGCUCUAACAAGAGGAGAGGAUGGAUUCUACACGAGUAAUGAAAAUGAUUAUAUCAGAACAGGACUCGAUGGUGUAACGUUGGGUAAUUUCGAUUACAAGGAAAUUAGUUUGGAAGAAGAUUCACGAGCUGUUAUUGGUGGUGAAUACUAA